AGAUGGCGGCAGUGGAGCUUAAUUUCUUCCCGGGAAAAGCCCUUGGGGAAACGAAUCUGGCACUUUCGGGUUAGUCAUCGAGUUUUGAGAUAUUACUAAGUAUUUAUAAAUCCUUCCCGGCCCUCCUUAGGCGCUACCGCGUCCGCGCCCUUACCGCCUGCAGAUGGAUAAAAACAGCGCGUCUACCCGUUUUCUUCACUGUCACAACGCACGCUCCAGACAUUGGUGCGCACCACUCGCCUGCAUCCUAGACAGGGAACAUUCACCACCGCGGGGAAUGGAUAUUGGAAACGGAGGAUUUCCAGUCAGGAAACUCAAAUCAAACACUAGAUAAGGAUCUGAUGGAACCACCCAAUUUAUUGUAAUCUGAAUAUCAUCUGAUUUUGAACAUGGAGGGAAGAAAUGCCUAUCACAGUGUAGAGAAACCGUACAUGUGUUCUGUGUGUGGACAAGGCUUCAACCGAUCGUCUGGCCUGUCGAAACACAAGCGCAGCCACAGUGGGGAGAAACCGUGGAAAUGUGAGGACUGUGGGAAGAAAUUCAAUUUCCUGUGUGAGCUGGAACUUCAUCGACGCAGUCAUACUGGGGAAAGGCCAUUUACCUGUUCUCUGUGUGACAAGGGAUUCGCUCAGUCAUCCAGCCUGCUGAGACACCAGCAAGUUCACACUGAGGAGAGGCCUUUUAAAUGUCCAGACUGUGGGAAAGACUAUAAAAGCUCCAGCAGUCUGAUGUCCCAUCAGCGUGGUCACAAUGACAAGAGAGCUUUUAAAUGCCCAGACUGUGAAAAAUGUUAUAAAAGUCCUGGGGAAAUGAUGCUUCAUCAGCGUGUUCACACUGAGGAGAGACCGUACCGGUGUUCUCAUUGUGGGAUUGGGUUCAGGAGAUCAUCUCACCUCAUUGCACACCAGCGAGUUCAUACUGGGGAGAGGCCUUACACUUGCACUCAAUGUGGGAAGAGAUUCAGUCAGAUAUCCACCCUACAUAAACACCGGCAACUUCACAGCGAGGAGAGACCUUUCAAAUGCCUGAAUUGUGGAAGGUGCUGUAAGAGUUCCAGGGAACUGACGUCCCAUCAACAUGUUCACACUAAGGAGACACCCUUCAGGUGCUCUCACUGUGGGACUGAGUUCAGGUGGUCAUAUCAACUUACUUUACACCAGCACACUCACACUGGGGAGAGACCUUUCAGCUGCACUGAGUGCAGAAAUAAAUUUACUCAGUCAUCCACACUUAUGAGUCACCAGUGAGUUCACAAGUCACUGCAGUGAUCGGAUUUUACAGUUAAUCACAUCCAGGAUUGAACCACGUUGAUUGGGGUCUGUUUCCGCUUAUGUUAAUAUAGGUGGAAACAUUCUGACCAAAAAGCUUUCUCGUUUUAAAAGCGAAUGUCCGUGGAGAGAAAACUAUUUUUCAUCCCCUUUACCUGAAGUUUGUGUUUUGGUCAUUAAUAAGGGUAAAUAUUUAUGCUUUCAUGUUUUAACUUCUGUGUGUUAACCAAUUCUGGGCCUUCACUGAUUGGGAGUUUUAUAUCAAUGAUCCUGUGUUUAUUAAAGAAGCUUAAUUGAUGGAC